AUAAUGUGGGGUUGGUUUACAGUGUAAAGACAAAAGCAUGGCUGUUGAUUGGCUGCGGGCCCCUCUAUUCACAUGUAAAUGAGACCUCAUAAAUGUCCCCCUUCAAUUGCCCACUUUGCACGAUAUAUGUAGUGUGUAGUGUGCUUGUUAGCGCAGACUUUUGUCUCAAACUGAACUCGCCGACCAUCUGCCCCCCAUUCAGGCGUCUCAACGGCACUGCGUCCUCUCAGCGGUCUCCACUGCAGCAAUAUGGCCCCUGCGUCCCGCAACGGCAAACAGGACGAGGAUUAUUACGGCAUUAAAGACAGAAAGACGAGGAAACCAUUGGUGGAGAAAAAGAGACGCGCCCGCAUCAAUGAAAGUUUACAGGAACUGAGGCUGCUGCUCGCGGACUCGGACGCGCAGGCAAAAAUGGAGAACGCCGAGGUGUUGGAAAUGACCGUGAAACGCGUGGAAGAUAUCCUGCAAAACAAAGCCAAGGAGGUUGACAGCGCGAGCCGCGAGGCCAACGAGCGAUUCGCCGCGGGCUACAUCCAGUGCAUGCACGAGGUGCACACCUUCGUGUCCAGCUGUCCGGGCAUCGACGCGGCGAUCGCCGCCGACCUGCUGAAUCACCUUCUGGAAUGCAUGCCGCUGAACGACGAGCAUCGCUUUCAGGAUCUCCUGGCGGAUUUGAUGUCGGACUCGAAUCACUGUAGCACUUGGCAGAGCGAUGGGACGUACGCGAUGUUGUCCCCCGGAGGCAAGAGCGCGGUGAGCGGUGGCUCCUCUGCCCUGUCCCCGUCUCCGUCCACCACCUCCAGCGACGACCUUUGCUCGGACCUGGACGACACAGACACGGAGCACAGUCACAUCUCGGUGGAAGCGCCCAGCAUGCCAACUGUGUUCCACUCUAAGUCCAUGUGGAGACCCUGGUAGACAGACGGUCCUGGUCCUGGUGAGAUGGGCAUCUCCAAAAUCUGAUGACUGUAAUGAUUUAGGUUAGAACUAUGAGGUAGAGGUCCAAGAUUUUGUGACCCGAAAUGGACACAGCUGUAACUUUGUACGUAAUUCAAUGUUAGUUUACUGAGACACAUUUCUUACUGAGAAAUCACACUUUAUGUGCGCAGCUGUUUUACAGUAACUUACUGUAGAAUUUAAUUGAUGCUAUUUACUGGCAACUGUUUGUUCAAAGUUAAAGGGGACUUUUUCCAUGUUUAACCCCUUCAGACCCUUCGUCCAGUGGAAUGGACAGUACAUUUUUUGUUUUGUAUUUCAACCAAUCAAAAUAAGACACAUUGAUUAAACACCUGAAAUCAGGUCUGAAGGGGUUAAGUGCUAAAAUAUCAACCUAGAAAAUGUGAAAAAGAUCAACACAGUGAAAAAUUAGGUCAUUGAAUUUUGGCUCCCCUUGUGAUGUCAGAAGGGGAUCUUAGUAUAAUAACACCGCCCCUUAAUCUGCACUAUCCAACCAAUGCAAGUGAAAUGAAGAUUAAACAUUAACAAGUCUUUGUCUUUACAGAAUAAAUCUAUAAAAUAACAGAUUCAUGCAAAACAUUAUCCUCAUAAACUGAUUUUUUCCUUCAGAUUUUGGUUCCCAGAAUGCUUUGCAUGAGGCUGUUGCAUUCAUUAAAAAUAAAGACUUGUGAAUGUUUAAUGUUCAUUUAACUUUCAACAAUCUGUUGCCAGUAAAUAACAUAAAUUUUCAUUUACAGUAAGUUACUGGCAAACAGCUGCCAUUAAUACUGUAAUUUUUACAGAUUUUUUUUACCUGUGGAAAUCCUCCCCAAUAAGCUCUUCAUGUUGCCACGAUGCAUUUCGGUCCAAUAUCAGCUGUACAAUUUCUAUGUUAGCGUUUUCUUUUAUUUAAUUGUUUUGUAUAAGCUAAGUUAAAACAACACUGUAAGGAUAAAUAAUAUUAGGGAGCAUCUUCCCAUGUCUAAUUAUUAGUGAUUAGAAUGUAAAUAUUUGAAUGUGAUUGUAGAUAUAGAGACAUGUGAUCGUUGUAUAACGUGAAUAAAGGAAUUUAAAAUAAAUGUAAAAGUCUGAUUUAAAUCUGUAAUGUGUUUAUGUGUGGUUGAGAUUAUGAUAAUAAACCUUAUUCAUUGGUUCAUGAAUAAAGCAUAACUUCACUCA